AGGAUUGGUCAAAUUAUUCUUUAGAAAUAGUGCAUGAAUUAUUCCAUAGAAUACAGCUUCAAUUAAAUAUUAUUCAGUGGAAUUAUUCUCAUAGCAUGGGUCAAAUGAUUCUGUAGAAAUAGUAUGAAUUAUCCAAUAGAAUAAACCUUUUUCUGGGAAAUUCCAUUCAUCUCACCUCCUCCAUCCCAGCAGAACAGACACUGACCACUGCAGCCACCUGCAUGCUUGUCUACAGGCCCCCAGUGGGGACACUUGGUCAAGUCCAGAAACAUGAAGUUAGCAUUCUCCUUGGAGACAAGCCUGCGUCCAGUCUCCAAGGAGACAUGGGUGUGGCUUCUGUGUGCUGCUGAACUGCUCUAGGAGCCCAUUGUGAUGUGGGUCAUGAUGCCCACCCCGGAGCUGAUGCGGGUCACACCCACCCUGGAGCUGGCAAUGGGAAAUGUCUGAAGGGUGGACUGCUGCUCCCAGGCUUCCCUCUGUGUCCUUGGAAGCUCUUUGGCAACUCCUGUCUCUCUGUGGUCUCCUUGCUGCUGGGCUUGCUGUGUUCCUGGCAGGUGCCGUCCUCAGGUGGAGGGUGCGCCCCUGUCUGCGGCUCCACGAGCGAACUGGGCCAGCCAGGAAUGCAGGUGCACGGGCGGAGGCUCUGCUUCCUGCAAAACUGCUACCUGGAGAAAAAGAGUGCUUCCCAAGGAGGAGAGCUGUGCAGCGGUGUGCUUCACUCCAGGGCCCAGAGCCCAUUCUAGAAGGAGGACAUGGGUGGCAGCCGCGCAUGGCUACCCCGGCAUCCACUCUCCUGCGAGGCCUAGCGCGGACCCCCGGGGAUGCCUCCUGAGUGACGAUGGUCCGCCGCUGGGUGCUGGCGUGGGUGUCCCGGCUGGUACUGCUGCUGGUGCUGCUGUGCUGUGCCCUUUCUGUGCUCUACAUGCUGGCCUGCACCCCCAAGGGUGAUGAUGAAAGGCUGGGGCUUCCCAGGGCCAAUGGCCCCACGGGCAAGGAAGGCUACCAGGCGGCGCUGCAGGAGUGGGAGGAACAGCACCGGGACCUCGUGAGCAGCCUCAAGCGGCAGAUUGCCCAGCUCAAGGAGGAGCUGCAGGGCCGCGUGGAGCAGCCGCCCCCGCCACAGCAGCGCCCGGAUCUGCUGGCCUUCCUGCGCGCGCAAGUGGACAAGGCCGAGGUGCACACGGGCGUCAAACUGGCCACUGAGUACGCCGCCGUGCCUUUCGACAGCUUCACUCUGCAGAAGGUGUACCAGCUGGAGACCGGCCUGACGCGUCACCCUGAGGAGAAGCCGGUGCGCAAGGACAAGCGCGAUGAGCUGGUGGAAGCGGUGGAAUCGGCAGUGGAGGCCCUCAACAACCCAGCGGAGAGCGGCCCCAACCGGAGGCCCUACACGGCCCAGGACUUCAUAGAAGGGAUCUACCGCACGGAAAGGGACAAAGGCACGCUCUAUGAACUCACCUUCAGAGGGGACCACAAGCAUGAGUUCCGACGGCUCGUCCUCUUCCGUCCCUUCGGCCCCAUCCUGAAGGUGAAGAAGGAGAAGCUGGACAUGGCGCACACGCUCAUCAAUGUCAUCGUGCCACUGGCCAGGAGGGCCGACAAGUUCCGGCAGUUCAUGCAGAACUUCAGGGAGAUGUGCAUCCAGCAGGAUGGGCGGAUUCAUCUCACCGUUGUUUACUUUGGGAAAGAAGAAAUGAAUGAAGUUAAAGGAAUACUUGAAAACACUUCCAGAGCCGCCAACUUCAGGAACUUCACCUUCAUCCAGCUGAACGGAGAGUUCUCCCGGGGCAAGGGCCUGGACGUGGGCGCCCGCUUCUGGAAGGGCAGCAACGUCCUCCUCUUCUUCUGCGACGUCGACAUCUACUUCACGUCCGAGUUCCUCAACACGUGCAGGCUGAACACGCAGCCAGGCAAGAAGGUCUUUUACCCUGUGCUGUUCAGUCAGUACAACCCGGGCAUCAUCUACGGCCAUCACGACGCAGUCCCUCCGUUGGAGCAGCAGCUGGUCAUAAAGAAGGAGACUGGGUUUUGGCGAGACUUUGGCUUUGGGAUGACCUGUCAGUACCGGUCGGACUUCAUCAACAUAGGUGGCUUCGACCUGGACAUCAAGGGCUGGGGCGGCGAGGACGUGCACCUGUACCGGAAGUACCUGCACAGCAACCUCAUCGUGGUGCGCACACCCGUGCGUGGGCUCUUCCACCUGUGGCAUGAGAAGCGCUGUGUGGACGAGCUGACCCCCGAGCAGUACAACAUGUGCAUGCAGUCCAAGGCCAUGAACGAAGCGUCCCACGGGCAGCUGGGCAUGCUGGUCUUCAGGCACGAGAUCGAGGCCCACCUGCGCAAGCAGAAACAGAAGGCGAGCGGCAGGAAGACAUGACAUCGCGGUCAGCCCUCCCUGGGGGACAGCAAUGGUCAGGGCCAAGGGUCAGGGCCAAGCAUGUCCUCUCUCCUUUCCUUUUGGUGAUUUCUACCAGAGCGGCUGCAGCCGGGGAAAGACUUUCACAGCGGGUAAGGAGGAGACCCCUCCCAUAUUCCGUUUGCCUCUUAGGCAUGCUGGGACAGGAAUUCAGUCUCCACUUUGCCUGCACUGGUAGGCACCCCUGCGAAGCGUCUGACAAAGGCAGAGUGACUGUGGGAGCAACCCGGAAGUCUGAGUGUGCGGGGCCUGUUGUGUUCUGGGCUCCUGGAAAUAUUCAUGAAUGAAGACUCGUUUGGCCUGAGGGUCUUUAGGAAGAAACGUAAGUACAUGGCUCCCCCACGUGAGGGGGACUCUACCCGCGUGGCUCUAGUUGCCAGGAAUACUAACACAUCAGGAGGCAAUGGAAAACAGUGUAGAUCGCAUGGGAGGACCAGGAAGGAGGGCAUGGUCCUGGCGCCCUUUCCCCGUCGUUCCCCGUCGGAAUCAAGCAAAAGCCAUCCCCUCCCAUCUCGUUGUCAUUUUAAACCAUCUCUGUU